CAGAUCAUGGUUUUCCACCCAACAGAAGAGGAGUUCAGUGAUUUCGGCAAGUACAUUCAGUACAUGGAGUCAGUGGGCGCUCACAAGGCUGGCAUUGCUAAGGUUGUACCACCAGCCAGUUGGAUACCAAGAAGAUCAGGCUAUGACGACAUCGAUGUGAUGAUACCUGGCCCGUUGAAGCAGAUCAUUAAGGGCGGCCAGGGAAAGUAUCAGUGCUCGAACAUCAAGCAAGACUCAAUGCACGUGAAAGAUUUCAAGGCCAUGGCUAACAGCAAAAAAUACAGACCUCCAGAUUGUGACGGUGACAUGGAAUCGAUUGAAAGAAAAUACUGGAAGAAUGUGACAUUCAACCCUGCCAUCUAUGGAGCAGACGUAUCAGACUCACUGUACGACAAAGACCAGGAACUUUGGAAUCCUGCAAAGUUGAAAACCAUCUUGGAUCAUGUUGAAGAGGAUUACAAUACAACCAUCGAAGGUGUGACUUCAACUUACCUGUACUUUGGCAUGUGGAAGAGUACAUUUGCCUGGCACACUGAAGACAUGGAUCUCUACUCGAUCAAUGUUCUCCACUUUGGCGCACCCAAGUUUUGGUACUCCAUCCCAACUGAACAUGGCAGGAAGCUGGAGAGACUAGCUGCUUCAUACUUCCCGGACGAUGCCAACACAUGUGCCAACUUCUUGAGACACAAGUCUACACUCAUCUCUCCAACGGCUCUCAGACUCAACAACAUACCAUAUAACAAGAUACAGCAAGGACCCAGAGAUAUCAUCAUCAGUUUUCCAUUUGCUUAUCACGCUGGGUUCAACACCGGCUUCAACUGCGCAGAAUCGACAAACUUUGCAUCUCUCAGAUGGAUAGAGUACGGAAAGCGAGCUAUUCAGUGUGACUGUCGUCCGCACAUGGUCCGAUUCAGCAUGAAGUGCUUCGUGAGGAGGUACCAGCCGGAUAAGUGGGAACUCUUCCAGAACAACCUUGAU